CAAGAUAGUGUAUUUGUUUUGUCACUGCAACUGAAGAAGAAAAAAGCUAGAUUUUCGCUUUGUACUAUCCACUUACUUCCCAACAAAUGAACAACGCCGCCAUGUAGAACAGAAGCGCUUCCUGUUUCUUCCCCAGAAGCGCUUCUCUUUUUCAUUUUCCUCUGCUUGAAUUUCGAAGGCUUUUGGGGCAAAUCAUUGUCAUUGUUAUUAUUUUUUAUAUUUCUAUUUAUGUUGUUUAAGCAAGCUAACAACUUUCCUUCUAAGGUAGUACUGAUUUUGGGCUCUAGAUGGAUACAGCUGAACAAAGAAAAGACAAGUAUGCUCCAAUCGGGGAUGCAGAGAACCCUCUACUGGGAAAAUUUGAUAAGCCACUACCAUGUUUUGGGUGUGGAAUUGGAUGGUUCUCUCUUCUGCUAGGAUUUGUUUGUCCAUUAAUGUGGUAUUACGCUACAAUUCUCUACUUUGGAAAUUACUAUCACAAGGAUCCGAGAGAGCGGGCUGGGCUUGCUGCUUCUGCAAUUGCUGCUCUAGUUUUCACAACUGCAGCGGUGAUAACAGUAGCUGUUAUUGUCUUGUAAAUUUUUCUAUCAACUGAUCUAUCUCCAGCUAAGGAGGAAAACAAAAAUCACUUCUAACAUCUGCCCCUACAUGAGAAAGGCAAGCCUGAUGAACCCAUGAUCAAGCUCUAGCUAUUAGGCACCAAAAGUUCAAAGCUAGUUCCAUUUAAUUAUGUGAACAUAGAGCUGCUUCUGCACCCCUUUUUGGAAUUGUGUGUAUAGUAGACAAGGAUGAUAUGAUGUCACUAGAUUUUAUCCAAAAAGAUGGUCCAGUCAACUUA